GUCACUUAAGAAUUUCAUUGUACAAACUGUCACUGACAUCUGUACAUAUGACAAAUAAAACUUGAAACUUGAAACUUGAAGAGUCUCUGUUGUGCAGAAGCCACACUCCCUGUCCCAUUAGAUCCCAGAGACCAAUCCUUCUGCUAUCUUUAGGUUAGCUCUAUUUUGAGUAACUGCUAAGCAGGGCAGGGUGACUGACGCUACAGUGUUAUUGAAACACUUGUGUUUGGUGUCAACUCUGGAUUAAAUCUCCCGGACUAAAACAUACUUUAAAGCCUGCUGUGUGGAUUAAAUACUAGUUAAAUAAAGACAAGCUGGAGGAGUAAUGGAGCCUCCAAGCAGCCUACAGCUAGACACUGCUAUUGUGCCGCCAAAUGACGCUUCUGACAUGGAGGAGGGAGAGGGUUUAACACACUCUCUCAGAGUGCAAGUGGACGGAAGUUUUUUCACUGUGGACCGGACAUUGUUGGCCCUGAAUUCAGAGUACUUCCGUGCUCUUUUUCGCUCUGAAAUGAGGGAAAGCCAUCAAAAUGAGCUGUAUUUGCAGGGAGGCCUGAGAGCAAGGGGGUUCCUCAUAGCGCUUGCUGUUGCAAGGGGUGAGAAGCCAAGCAUCAGAGACCCUGAUGAGAUUGUGGAAGCUGUGGAGUGUGCUGCCUUCCUUCAAGUAGACACCUUGAUGCAGUAUCUUAUAGACAUCAUAGAUACAGACAACUGCUUCCUCCUGUACCAUACAGCAGCAGUCUUUGGCCUGUUGAAAGUGUUUCACAGUGCAGCAGUAUUUAUCCGUGAUUGCUACCGAGAUCUCAAUGAGGCAGCGCAGGUUCUGCCAGUCGAGAUGAUUCAGUAUGUAGAAUCUCUCACACCUGCUUCUUUCAUUGCUAUGGGAACACAUUCACCAUCACUGAAAAUCCUGCAAGAUGCCUCCAGGACUGUGUGGUACCUGGAAGAGGAGCAAGGAGUGUGGAAGUACCUGACUGACCUUCCCACAGAAGCUAGCACCUCAAUGGCAGGAAUAGCUGUGGUGAAGAACCGGCUAUAUGUUGUAGGAGGUGUCCGAGGGGUGAGCAUGGAGACGGUGGACUUCAGUUACUGUUAUGACACAAAGAGCAACUCCUGGAGUGUGUUUGAGGGACCUCAGCAACCUAGAUACAACUUCACACUUGUGGGUUAUGAAGGGCAAUUGUAUGCUUUUGGUGGUGAAUAUGAUAAAAAAAUAUUGUCUUCUGCAGAGGUGUGUGAUGUUUCUACAUGCGAGUGGACCUUUGUGAAAAAUACCCCCUGUCCAGUGGCAGGAGCAGCAAGCACUGUAGCCCGAAGGAGGAUCUUUGUAUGCUUUUGGAAACCGCCUAAUACUACAGAUAUUUAUGAAUAUAUACCAGUCAAGGAUGAAUGGACCCUGACUACAACUAUGAUUCAUUAUCAGAGUUAUGGCCACUGCAUGGUGGCGCAUGGUGACAAACUGUACGUGAUGAGGAAUGGUCCUUGUGAUGACUUCUUACGCUGCCUAAUGGACUGCUACAACAUCACCACAGGCCAGUGGACAUCCAUGCCAGGGCAUUAUAUUAACAGUCGAGGAGCCCUGUUUACAGCUAUGGUGAGAGGGGACUCAGUGUUCACAGUGAACCGUAGUCUGACCCUGGAGUACCUGAUUUGUGGGGAUAACUGGAAACCACACAGACAGAUGCUAGGUUUUCCAAAGAGUGGCUCACUCUGGACAUGCAUGCUCAGACUUCCCAGCACCAAAAAUAAAAAGGAAGUAAAUACUACAAAUGAACCAGUGGAGACUGCUAAUGAUGAUAAACACAAGGAUUACAAUGUGUAGGAUAACUUGCCACAACGUAAGAUGUUUAAACGUGUAAGCAGAAUUAUAUAAACGUAUUAUAUAUGGAGAAUGCUGUGCUCAAAAAUCAAGGCACUGUGUAUAUAAAUUAGGUUGACUAGAACAGGGAAACAUUUCAAGUUUUUCUAGGAAUAAUUGCCUCCUUUUUACCUAUGCACAUACACAGCAUAUCCACUCCAGCAGUGGUUUUCAGUAGCAGUUAAUGCAGGUGUUGUUAAUCACUGGCAGCAACCUGUGGAUCUCUAAGGAUCUGGAUUUCAAAGACGUCUCACUUGGCUCCAGUUAUUCUCGCUAUCUGCCUGACUACAGCAGAACAUUACAUAGUUAUACUGCAGACCCUCUCUUUGCACUAAGGCUGAGGAUUAAUACCUAGGCACUGAAAGUGAUUAAACACGUAUA